AUGUUCACUUCUCCAAUGGCGUCUUUUGAGCGUUUCGACGACAUGUGCGACCCGAAAUUGGAGCCUAAGAAACUACGAAACCUUCUGUCCGAGUAUGUUCCCAACGAGAAGCAGCCUGUGACCAAUUUUCUAUCACUCUCCGAGGUUGUUUCAACUAUCGCCACCCAUAAGCUAUUAUCCGAGUCUCCAAUGGCUUCAACUGAACAGAAGCUUCAAACUAAGUCGAAAUCAGCCGUUGAUGAUUGGGUUGAUAGGUUGUUGACUCUGAUUUCUUCUGAUAUGCCAGAUAAAUGCUGGGUGGGUAUUUGUUUGAUGGGAGUAACUUGUCAAGAAUGCAGCUCAGAUCGUUUCUUCACUUCAUACUCUGUUUGGUUUAACAGUUUACUAUCACAUAUCAAGAAUCCAGAAAGUUCUAGAAUUGUUCGAGUGGCUUCAUGUACCUCAAUCUCUGAUCUCCUUACAAGACUGUCUAGAUUUUCGAAUACAAAGAAAGAUGCAGUGUCACAUGCUGCGAAAGUAAUCCUGCCAAUUAUUAAACUCUUGGACGAAGAUCCUUCGGAAGCACUAUGGGAAAGCAUUGUCCAUCUGCUAACUACAGUUGUAAUCUUGUUUCCUGCUGCAUUCCACAGUAAUUAUGAUAAGGUUGAAGCCGCUAUUGCCUCAAAAAUAUUUUCUGCAAAAACCAGUUCUAAUAUGUUAAAGAAAUUUGCCCACUUUCUAGCUUUGCUCCCCAAAGCUAAUAAAGGGGACGAGGGCAGCUGGUCCUUGAUGAUGCAAAAGCUAUUGAUAUCUAUAAAUGUACAUUUAAAUAAUUUUUUCCAAGGUCUAGAAGAAGAAACAAAAGGAAAAAAAGCCCUUCAACGAUUGACUCCUCCUGGGAAAGACUCUCCUUUGCCUUUGGGAGGUCAAAAUGGGGGUUUAGAUGAUGCAUCAUGGAACUCUGAACAAUUGAUUGUAACCAGAGUUUCUGCACUUAUGUUCUGCUGCUCAACGAUGCUAACUAGCUCGAGCAGAUCUAAGGUUAAUAUUCCAGUUGGGUCAUUGUUAUCCCUUGUUGAGCGAGUGCUGGCGGUGAACGGCUCUCUACCUCGAGCCGUGUCACCCUUCAUGACAGGGAUCCAACAAGAACUUGUUUGUGCAGAACUUCCGACUUUGCAUUCGUCGGCUCUGGAACUCUUGCUAGCUACUAUAAAGAGUAUCCGCAGCCAACUUUUACCAUAUGCUGCAUCUGUGGUGAGACUUGUUAGUAGCUACUUCAGGAAAUGUUCAUUGCCAGAAUUGAAGAUAAAGCUCUACUCAAUCACUACAACCUUGCUCAAAUCCAUGGGUGUAGGGAUGGCAAUGCAACUGGCACAGGAAGUUGUCAAUAAUGCCUCUGUGGAUCUAGGCACAACAACUGUAGAAGGAUUUGAUGCGGUAUCUAGCAAAACCCCAUUGCUUACUAAGGGUGUUGUUCUUCAGGCUGGCAGUAAAAAAAGGAAGCAUUCAACUAAAUCAGGAGCCGAGGCAGAGAACUCUGCUUUUGAAGUGGGACUCCCUCACAAUCACUCGAAUAGCCCGAUUUCAUUAAAGUUAGCAGCUCUCGAGGCACUGGAAACACUUCUCAACAUCGGUGGUGCAUUGGGAUCUGAUAGCUGGAGAGAACGUGUGGAUACUCUUGUAAUGACAACAGCAACAAAUGCUUGUGUAGGUAGAUGGGCUAGUGCUGCAACCUACGGGUGUUUACCCAAUGUGUCGUGUACGGAUCAGGUCGAGAUUCAGCUUGCAGCACUCCGUGCCUUUUUGGCAUCUCUUGUUUCUCCAUCACGAGUACGCCCUAAAUUUUUAGCCGAAGGGCUUGAGCUUUUCCGAACAGGUAAAUUUCAGGCGGAGAUGAAGGUUGCUGGAUUCUGUGCUCAUGCUCUCAUGACUCUUGAAGUUGUCAUUCACCCGAGGGCACUCCCACUCGACGGUCUCCCAUCACUUGGGGAACGAUUCCCGGAGAGCACUUCUCUGGCCAGCCAAAAACACAAUAAUUUGAACGGUAUUGCUCACAGUGGUGAUGGUCUAUACAACAGAUGGCUGUCAAACGCGGAUCCUCCUUCUAUCAACGAGAUUCAGAGAAGCUUAGACACGACUUUACCUCUCCAAGAGACCAAAAGAUUGAAACUUGGGAAUGAUUUAGCUACAAGUGUCGAAGAUCAUACAGAUAUGGUUGCAUCAGAGAAUGUUCAAGAAGCUCAUGUGUCUGAGAAGGAUCCUGAAUCAACCGAGGAAACUCAAGGACAUGGUUCAGAGAAAGAUAAUAUGGUUCCCAAAGAGGGAGAGGAUUUAGCGGUUAAGGAUAGUCUCAUGGAGGAAGCAGCGAUUGGUAAGAAGAGAGAUUCCUUAGGUGAAUCUGAUGAUGAUUCUGUUCCAAGUCUUCAGGCAGAUGAUUUCCUCUCUUCAGAUUCUGAUAUUGAGUCUUAA